CGAAGGCCGGCUGAGCCUGCGUGAGAUGGGUGAGGGUGGUCGUGCGGAUACGACCAUAUGUCUUGAUACGACGCUGUUAUGGAUCAGAGACGAGCGCAACCCGACUUGCCCGUCGUCUCUGCAGUUCUCACUAAAGCUUCCUGCGACGUUCGGACUAAGCGGUCAAACUUUCCCUCUUCCACCCUCACACUCAAUCAAACUCAAGGGUCUACCCGGCUUCUAUGCCGACAUCGAGUAUUCGGUUAGCGCCGUCAUCAACAAACCCCGUGCACUGCCGAAUAUUGUUCCGCUUGUAAAGUCCAAGAAACUGGGCAUCAAUAUUGGCAACACGACGGUGUCGACACCGUUCAUCUACUAUCCGCGAACACGCCCCGGCGUCGCGCUUCCGUCACCUAUGCAGCACGUUGCUACCGGAUUCAUCGAGGCACCCGGCUGGAAAGUUUACAAUUACAUGGUGAAGGCUAACAAUCGUACGGGAGCUCAAAACAUCAACGUCAAGUUGUAUCUUCCAGGUAAUUACUUGCCUUUGCCACCCACCGCGUCCCAGCCUAGAACUCGAUUUCAGCAUCCCGCAUCUUCUGUUCGACUCAGACCAUUCCAUUCUACGCGACAUUCGAAGCUGGGAAUGCGUUCUCGCUUGCCACGUUCCUCCCGUAUGCGCCAGUGGCCGGCAGGACGGGAGCUACGACCAGGCUCCAAAUGAUGCGGCAGUCCACAGUCGAUGUCCGUGCGACGAAUACCGGGCGUUCCAUGACUGAGAUCUGGCGCGUGGACCAGAUCGGGGAAGGUGUCUUUGAGCACAUCAGUGACGGCCCGACAUGGAUGUCUUUCUCUGGCACACUCGAGCUCGAUCCAGUCAAAGUGACGGGCUUCAACAUCGGCCGGCUGUCUGUCGUGGUAUGUGAUGCUGCCAGUUCAUUUGACAUACAUAUUUAUGACGUGAAGGACUGCUUGCUGUUCACCGUCACACCGCCCGAUGUGACGAAAGCGGCGUUCGUGGGCAUCCGCCACAUGAUCCCUGUCCGUCUGACCACCGACCCAUGGUCAGAGGAUGGACGAGGAAUGGCAGCGCGGGACAAUUUCUCAGUUCCCUCAUCACCCGAUGACGACUCGAAAAGCUUUCAUGCGUUGUAACCUCUAUUUGUAUGUAUCAGUACACGAUUAGUGUUGAAUUAGUACCAAAUGCUCCGAGUCCUGUGGAUAGGAACCAUCUCCUGCGUCGUCUCCAGCCCUUCGAUGUGUUCUUCGCCGCGUUCGAUCUUCUUCGCAAGAUCCCACAAAUAAAAGUCGAUCAGCACACUGCUAACUUCAUCUCUUGCUAGCGAAGUCAUCUCAGCCCGCACUCGCUCAACUGCAACGAUGCUCGCUGCUCGCAAGCUCAACUCCUCGGCACAACCCGGAGCAAGAAUGGCCCCGGUGUUCAAUAGCUCGACAAGCGCCGGCGGAUAGGACAAUAUCUUCAGGUGAUGCAGGAUUUGUGGCACACGAUAAUCCGCAAACAUGGUCAACUUGUGGAUGGCCGGACCGACACAUCCCGGGAAAAGCGGAUGUGGAGUGUUUGACGCAGGAUAGAAUGCGGCCCAGAUCUCUGCCACCAGAAUCUGAGCACGUUUCCAUAAACAGACUGACAAGGUUCCCUUUAGCGAUGUCACCGAAAC